UCUUUUUUAUUAUUAUUUUUUUUAAUUUUUUUCAGCAGCGAAUUCGAGUCCUGGACACGACUCCCUCCGCAUUUAUUUAAGGCUAAUCACCAGUUACCCUGAGAGGGGAGAGGGCUGGAAUUAAACUUAGUUUAAUUAACAUUAAUACACUGUCCUAAUUAAUGGGUUGGCUAUUAAUUUAUACAUGCUGGAGAGGCUCGCAGAUAAGUGACAAUUUAUUAAUUAUCUUCCAGCUCGGUUGCAACGGAGCUGAUUGCAGAUGGGUUGCCAAAAUAACUCGAGCAUGGUUGCGUGGUAGUUGCUUUAGAAAAAAAAAAUCAUUCUCCCCCUUCUUUAAAAAAAAAAAAAAAAAAAAGGAAGAAGAAGAAAAAAAAAAUCCUCACGCUCAUUCGGAGUGGCUCUUCUAACCCCAGCAAGAACUGGAGCACUCUUUUCCACCCAACUUGUGAAUCGCACUUGCCUUCUAAUUUGCCACAUGCAAAACGAUUCCUCUGCUUUGCAAGUUGCUUUUUAAGAAGGGAGAGAGAGAGGAAAAACCCAGCUCGCACACGAGCGAUUUGUGCGUCUUAAACUGGAAGGAAAUUGUGCGUGGAGAAGGGGGGGCUCGUCUUCCUCUCUCUGCCCCAACCCACCGCUCUCCAGCCCGGCGCCUCGGCUUGGGGAAGAUCCAUGGUGGCAUCCCCAUGUCAUUCUGCUCAAAGUGACUUCAUAUGAUGUCAGCUUUAAAUGUUCGAGACCGUGAUCUGACGCUCAGGAAGAUGUUUGCUAUCAAAAUGUGACUGUGGCCACGCUGCGCUGCUUGGAUGAGUCUCGCCGGAGCUGGGCAAAGAGCCGAGCGCGGGAGCGAGUCGCUGCUCACACCAAGUUCCCGCACGGCGGAGCGACAUGGCGAGCCCGGGGUCGCUGGAGACGGUCAUGCCUUCCUCCUGCCCCCGGCACGACGGCAGAGCCGCCACCGCUAACCCCUCCAAGACCCUGGCCUUCUCCAUCGAGCGGAUCAUGGCAAAGACGUCGGAGCCCAAGCCGGCCUUCGAGGAGCGGCACGGCGGGCCGGGGCCGGAGCCAGGCAAGAAGCCGCUGAGCCUGUGCUCGCCCCUGCCCUGCGUGAUCCCCAUCCCGCCUCUGGGCUACGAGCUGCCCUCCAAGACUCUCAACUACUCGGAGCUGUGGAAGAGCAGCCUGCGGGGCGGCGCGGGGCUCUGCAAAGCCAACUGCGGCGUGUGCUGCAAGGCAGAGCUCGCCCUGGGCCAGCCCAGCGGCCGGCUCAUCAAGCCGCAGGUCAUCCACCAGGCAGGGGCCGUUCCGGCCGCCCCCCGCUCCCUCUACUACUUCAACUACCUGGACGCCGCGUACCACCCGGCCGACCUCCUGCACGGACAGCUCUUCCCGGCCGGCCUGCUGGGCGCCCCGUCGCCGGGGGGGCUCUCGGCCCACCAGAAGCUUUUCCUGCUGGAGAACGCCAAGCUGGCGGGGCUGGCGGCCGAGAAGCUGCCGCCGCCGCCUCCCUUCGCCCACAAGGAGCGGCUGCCGGGACACCUGGACCAGGUGAUGAAGGAGGCGGCGGCGGCGGAGCGCGGCGGCCCCCCCAAGGGCCACGCCAAGAUGGGGGGCGGCGGCGGCGGGGCGGCGGAGGGCAAGCCCAAAAACUUUACCUGCGAGGUCUGCGGCAAGGUGUUCAACGCGCACUACAACCUCACCCGCCACAUGCCGGUGCACACGGGGGCCCGGCCUUUCGUCUGCAAGGUCUGCGGGAAGGGCUUCCGCCAGGCCAGCACCCUGUGCCGGCACAAAAUCAUCCACACCCAGGAGAAACCCCACAAGUGCAACCAGUGCGGAAAGGCGUUCAACAGGAGCUCCACGCUCAACACCCACAUCCGCAUCCACGCCGGCUACAAGCCCUUCGUCUGCGAGUUCUGCGGCAAGGGCUUCCACCAGAAAGGCAACUACAAGAACCACAAGCUGACCCACAGCGGAGAGAAGCAGUACAAGUGCACCAUUUGCAACAAAGCCUUCCACCAGAUCUAUAACUUGACUUUCCACAUGCACACCCACAAUGACAAGAAGCCCUUUACGUGUGUCACUUGCGGGAAAGGAUUUUGCAGAAACUUUGAUUUAAAGAAGCACGUCCGAAAGUUGCACGACAGCGUCUCCAGCGCUCCUCCGCCGCGGGACCCUGGGCGCAGCGGGCAGAGCUAAAGGCCCGGCGCGCCGCCACACUCGGACCUGCUCACCCAGGCCAGCACUAUUUAUCCAAACCAGCCUUCGCUUCUCUGUCCUUUUCCCAGCGAGCUCAGCCGCCGGUAGCAAGCGACCCCGAGCCGCAGUUGUAUAUAAGAGGAAUCUUAUUUAACGGCGCGUUGCGCCGCCGGAGCGGGCCAGGACGGGCCGGGCUGGCCGCCCCCCGCCCGGCGCCAGGACAGCGCUCUUUAUACGUGUCUGUAAAUCUCCAUUUUAAAUGUACGCUCGAAUAAGUGAGGAAUAUAUCUAUAUCUAUCACGGGACAAUAAA